GGUUGUUUGUAAACACGGUCAUUUCGGAAUCUUCUGAUAUAGAUGUCACGUUUCGUUCAAGAAAAGCUGAAAUAAUGUCUACAUUUUCCCUGGUUAAUGUCAAUGAUGUUUUACCGUAUCAGUAUCGAAUAGCCUUAGUCUCAGACUGGCCUAGGCCUAAGUUCUAAGCAUAAUUAAUGAUAAUUUAGCAUAAACUAAACUCAUCAAUAUCAUACUGGUAUUCUCAUUAAUUAAAAUUCAUAUUCUCAAGAUAUCAGUAUCAGUCACAGAUAUUAAAAAUCAUAUUUAAACUUAUAAUUAUAAGUUAAUUUUAAUUUUAACUUUACAUUAAUACCUAAUACUAAUAUUAUUACUAUUACUUAAUAAAUAAUAAUAAUACCAAAUUAGGUGAUAUUAAGGAGGGAUGCCAAGGCGUCUUUUGUGGGUUUAUUAUAGUUGCAGUGAAUUAGGGACUUAGGUUGAGGGAUCGAUUUAGGGUUCAGGUUAGGCAUAGGGCAUAGGGAUCGAUUUAUUUAGGGUUCAGGUUAGGCAUAGCGACAUAGGGAUCCAUUUAUGAUUUAGGGUUAGGGUUAGGCAUAGGGAUCGAUUUAGGGUUCAGUUUAGGCAUACAUAGGGAUCGAUUUAGGGAUACAUUCGUGAAAUUCGAUAAAAAUGUUGCAUUCGACUCGUCCUUAAAAAUUACCCCAAAUUAUUAUACUUCCAUAAUGUUUGAGUAUAGUAGUAGUAGUAAUAUUAAUUAGUUAAGUAAGAAUAUUACUCAGUCAUAGUCAGUUUCAGUUAGGCUCUACUAAACUAGUAGUUGCUAUUAGUAUUAGGAGGUAGUAGGCUCUACAAAGGACCAUUCAUAUCAUUGUCAUACUCGUAUUUUAGUUUAUUUUAAGUUAGUACAGUUAGUUAGUAAAGCCUACAGACCGCCAACGCCUAAUACUAGUGUGACUAGUAUUUGACUUCGGACUUAGGCUUAGGACUUAGUACUAGCCUACUGUCCUACUACUUUAAACUUUAACUUUACUUUGACUUUAGACUUUAGGCAUGAUUAAGCUUAUAUUACUACCAUCCAAAUUAUUUUUGAUUUAUUAAUUCAUAAUCAUUAAUAAUAAUCAAUCUGGUUCUGGUUGAAGUUGUAAUCAUGCCAUGUCCUCCAUGUCCAUGUGGUAGUAUAGUUUAGUAUAAUUAAUAUAAUAAUAGUAGUAUAUUCUAUACCAGGCCUGCCCAACUCAAAAUGUAAGGCGGGCCGUAAUACUUUAUUAAAAACUUGUGCGGGCCGUAAUACUUUAUGAAAAGCUUGUGCGGGCCGAAAGAUGAUUGGACAGGGGGAAAGCUAUUAAGAAAAUAAUAAUAAUAAAGAAUAUUUUGUUACUUCCCGGGCUGCCAAGUGGGUGCGGGCGGGCCACAUGCGGCCUGCGGGGUGUAUGUUGUGCAGGCCUGGUCUAUACUAUAGUCCAUGCCAUGUCACAACGGACGCAAAAUAAAAUUAAAGACAUUGAGUUGAUUUUGAUGUUUUUGAAUUAACGUUCAAAUAGGGCCUAUUAAAAUAAGACUAAGUAGUAAGCCUACUGUAGUCUACAUGUGUACUCAAAAUUUCUGUUUUGUGAUUCCAACUAAGUAUUAGACUACUAGUUGAAAUUAGGACUUAGAUAAAUUGUCUUCUUGAGUCUUGUUACUUAGUAAGAUCGAAUAUCAUUAUAUAGACAAUUUAUUAUUAUAUAGGGUAUGACCACGAAGGAUAAAAAUAUUUAUUUUCAGUGAGAGAAGAGCAAAUGGAUUGGAUUAUAUUUUCAUAGUAUGAUUUGUGUUUGUCAAAGUUUGGCUAAUUAGGCCUGACAUGAUUUAGAUAAGAGGAAAGAAAUUUUUCAGAUUAAAAGUCUAAAAAGUAUAAAAGUUAUUUUAAAAACUAUAAUAUUGUGUCUGAGUCUGUUUUAAUUAGUCCAACUCAACUUACUGGAUUUAGGGUUAGAAACAACAUAUAUGAUUUUGGAUCCAACCCAAAAUGGAAAAAAGUAGGCGGCAACCAUGGGCAAACCACUCUGUUCAACAAAAAUUUGGACAUACCCCAUAGUCUAUAGUAUAAUUCAAUUAGUAACUAGUAUAAGUAUGUAAAGUCAAAAGUACUAAAAAUGUGUGUCAUUGGAAAAAAUAGGCUUGUCUUAAUAAAUCCAGGCUUAAAUAACUUUUUUAGAAGUCAAGUUUUAAGUGUGCCUACAAAUUCAAUUAAUUAAUCUACAGAUGCCACCAUAAGGAAGAUGCACCCAAUUGUGUUAAGAAGAUUUAAACAGAUAAUUAAAUCUGUAAAAUGUAAGAACUUUUGACAGCUUUGAAUGCAUGUAUCCACGCCUAUGUAUGUGGCGUAUUUUACUAAUUUCUCAGUACAUCUAUCUCUUACUAAUAAUAAUAUUAGUUUUUUUUAACUAAUACUGUAAUUGCUGUCAUUUUAUUCUUUAUAAAUAUGAAUAACUUAAAGGCCUACAUUUACCACAUUACAAUGAUUUGGUUUUAUUUGUUAGACCCACGAUUUCUUCCGCAUCUGUCCAUUUGGCAUUUGUAUAGCAAUAACUAUAAGGCCAUCCAUAAUGACAUCACAAUUAUAUUGGCUGAUUUUUUUUUACCCCCCUCCCCCAUUGUCACACAAUUUAGACUCCGACAUAACACAUCAUCACAAAUGCCUGACCACUCUCCCACAUAGAUGUUUGACGCCAUUUACGGAUUGCCCCUAUGCUAUUUAAAUUAGUAUUAGUAUGCAUAUGGACUACAAUAAUAAAGGUUUUUAAAAGUUGAGAGGCUUCAGACCUAGUGGAAAAAAUAAACAAAAGAAUGGGCCUUCAAUUUGUCUGUAAUAAGCCCUGAAAUUACUUCAUUUAAUAAACAUAGCUGUCUUAUUAUAUCACUUCUACUCUAGACCGAGGUAAACCAACACUUAGUUACUGAAUAAAAAUGUAGAUUUGUAUACCAUCGAAAAAAAAAAAAAGGAAAGAAAAUUACGUUUACAUAAUGAAAUAUGUCGAUAAUUGAAUUUUUUUUACAAUUCAGUUUGAAAACUAUGAAAAUUAAAAUGAGUGAGAAAGACUGUGAACAUCCACAAAGCAGUUACAUUGUUGAGGAUGGAAAGAGAAACAUCCUGCCAUUACAUCUUCUUCGUAACCUCAAGUCAUUGGUUCGGGAUAAAUCUAUAACAGUUGCUCAGCAAAUAAUUGAGUCAGAAUCAAGCAAUCCUGUCUGUGAGGUUUUAACAUCUGAUUCAAAACAAACCGAUGAUCAAAGCAACCCAUGUACAGACGACAAUAAAAGUUCAUGUUUGAGUUUGUCUAAAAGUGACUGUGAAUGUGCAAGGCCAGCCAUUCAGUACGCUAGUCAGGACGUAAUAGAUAAUGGUAAUAAUUAUAUUUCAUGACAAAUUAUUUCACACCCCUAUCUGCCGCCACUGUCGCCUGGCUAUUCAUUAACAACAUUUUAUCUUUUUUUGUUAGUGUCAAGACAAGUUUAUAUUAAGGGAGAUGAUGCCAAACCAAUAAAACAGGUACAAAUUUUUACCCCCAACCCCCUAAAAAACACAACAAAUUUAACUCAGUCUUUAAAAAGUAUCUAUAGGUAUCCUCACUUGAUAUUUAGCAUUACUUCAUUUGUUUUAUGUCAUUAUCAAAUUCUAAAACAGUUUUUGUUAUUGAAUUAUCUGUGCCCAUAAUUCAUUUAUUUAACACACUCAAAUUAAUGAAAAUACAAGGGUUAUAUUCUAACUUUCACGAUUUUCUUUACAGUCCAACAAUAUUGGUAAUGCAAGUUAUUUAAACAUUAUAGUCAAUGAUCUUUGUCAUUGCUCCAUUUUUUUUUUGGUCUCGUGCUACUAAUUCGUUAUGUUACCUUUAACCAAGGAUUCUAAUAACAACAGCCAUGCGGACAGAGAGCGUCAGGGAAGGAUAAGAAAGGCCGGCGAGAUUUCAGGUCUUCCAGAGAAGAAAAGGAAGAGACCAAAUUUUUUUGUGGCUGUUCAGAUCACUGAUGCUGAGGUAUUUAAUGUAUUUGUAAUCUGGUAUAAAGAAAAGAUGAUGUGCUGCAACAUCAAGAAAAUAUCUGAAUAAUAUAGAACAUUGGCUUUCAACAUGUCUGUCAUGGCACACUGGUGUGCUGCCAAAGUACACGGGUGUGUUGCAAGAUUUAAAAAAAAUACAGGAAUAAAAAUCCAAGUAAAAUAGUUAUUAGUGGGCAUUUUAGUUUUAAAAAAUUGGAUUCAAAUGUCUUAAUUCCUUUAAUAUCAUCUAAUAAUAAUUUUCUCUGAGCAGAAAGGUAUUCAUUUGCCUCAUCUCAGAAUGUGCCUAUUGUAAUUAAAAUUAAACACUGGGGCUUAAAAAAAAACCUGUCAAUUUUGAGUUUCUAGAAUUUUCAAAUUUAAGGAAAAUGCCCCAAACUGCAGGUCCCAAAAACACCACUGAUGUAGGGUGAUAAACGUUAAAUAAUCUCUUCAAAUAUAUUAUUGAACAAUUCCAGAUCCACAGUGCAGCCAAAUUGGUGCAGUCAGCCAUUCAAGACAGCUGCAAAUGUGAUAUCCAAGCUGCCGUUGUCGGGUCAGAAAAAUUUCACAUCACCCUUAUGGUCAUGAAUUUGUCCAAUGAAGAGGAACUGACCAAGUAAGUGUGUUUGUUAACUGACAUAGGAAUUCAGUUUUUUAACUUAUCAAGUAAGUAAGUGUGUUUCUUUACUGAUACAUGAAUUCAAUUGUUUGUGGUGUUAACUGACUGGCUUUUUCUAAAUGGCAUACAAAUUGGAGCAUGUGAAUUCUUUGUUAAUUUACGGUUGUUGUGGCAGUGGAAGGAGGUGGGGAAGUCUGGAUCCCUGGUAUAAUGGCUUUAGCUACUCUUGUUAAAUAAUUUUUAUAUUUUAUUUUAUAGCCAUAUUUGAUCUCUUCUUGAUUUUUUAAAAUUAGUUCAUUCCUUAAAUUCCUAACAACUCCUCUCUAUUUAUAAUUUAAAUUAAAUUAAAUUAAUUACAACAGUGCCAUUUUUUUUGUUGAAUCUCUUUGUUAUUAUGCUUUAAAUAAUGACUCAGACAAUGUCAAUUCUUCACCCCAGACUGUGUGACGUCGUAAUACCGAGACUAAUUUAUUACUUAGUUUAGGAAGUGCUGAUUUUUUUAAAUGUUCAAAUUGUUUGACAUUUAGAGCAACCGAUACCUUGGACAAUUGUGUCUCACCGAUCCUUGAAAGAACGAGUGGUGAGCAAGUGACCCUGCCCAUAGAAGGCGUUUCUGCGUUCAAUGGAGGCAAAGUGCUCUUUGCCCAAGUGAAACAAUCCAGUGGGUUGGACUACUUGCAAUUUAUGGCCGGUACAACUUUUAUGCAGUUGAUAGCUUUUUAUAACAAUAACAAGUUAAUUGUCCAUUGGUGGGAGUGCUAUAAUUGUAACAGUUAUUUACCCAUUUGGGUCAGUGCUAUAACAGCAACAAGUUAUUUAUGAAUAGCACAUAUAACAUGCCUGACCCAUCACAUGCCUGACUAAAAAUCACUGGACAAUUUGACUUUCAGGACUUAGCUAGAUAACUAGACUUAUUUUGACCCAACUUUUUCGUGUUUUCUUUGUUGCAUUAUUUAUCUUUUAUUCUUCCUUCAAAUUUUCCUUAAGCAUAACUCAUUGUUUGUGUGUGUUUAUUGCAUUAUCUCUCGAUCAUCAUUUAUGUUAGCAUUAGACAUUUAAAAAAAAUAUAAUCUAUUACCAAUUAAUGUUAGUUAUUACCAUUAAUGUAAGCUAUUACCAAAGCUUCAAUUUUUUUUUAACUGUCCUAAAUUUUGAUCUAUUUAGAAUUUUCUUCUAUUGAAAAUAUUGGAGAAUUUGAAAAAAAGUCUUUCUUACAACUACCGGAAUGCCCCUAAAUUGUUCUAUGUAACACACAAUCAAUAAUGUCUUUUUAUCUGAUAAAUAUAUAUGAUUUGGUAGAUGAAGUUGACAGACAGAUGGAAGAGAAUGGAAUAUCCUCCACAGAUAUCCCCAAACGACCCUUCCAACCUCACAUGACUUUACUCAAGUUUGGUCAGAAAAGAGAUUUAUAUAAAAAAGGUGCAUCUUUGAAGCUCUGUAGCAAAUUUUAUUUUAUUUUUUAAGGUCCCUCAAAUUUUCUCUGUUAUAAUUGUAGGCAAAUGAUAAAAAAGAUAUCUAACUAGAAACUAAAAAGAUAUCUUACUAGAAACUAAUUAUGAAACAAAUUAUGAAACAAGUAUUAUAGAUUUAUUAACUAAGGGAAUGAGUAUUGUAAUUUAAAUACCGAGGAGAGGAAAAAAAUUAAAUUGAGCUGAUAUGCUUGUAUAAAUUAAAUUUAUUACACCAUUUAUUAAAUAGCUAUAGAAAAAAAAGAAGAGAAAAACCUUGAUAUUCUAAACAAGUUACAUAUUAGGUUUGCAAAAAGCUUAUGGAACUUCCACCUACUUUAGGUUCCAUUUAUUUAACUCAACUAUUUCAUGCUCUAUAAAUCAACUAAAUAAUUCGAUGACUUGUACUAAAUAAGAUUGCAGUUUAACUAAGCAUCUUCAAAUUGGAUGUAUAAUUUUUAUCAAAUAGGUUAAGAUAUUUAUCAAAUGAAAUAAAGAUUAUUCUGUCCAAAUAAUGAUGACUACUUUUUGUGUGCACCAUUACAAAAUGUUAUACUUUCUCUCCAAACAAAAGGUGUCAGAAAGGUUUCAUCAGAUCAGUAUGAACCAUUUGUAAACCAGGUAUUUGGGUCACAGGUCAUCACCAGCCUGCAGCUCUGCUGCAUGGACAAGCGUCGAGAAGAUGGCUAUUAUUUUGUCAACCACGAGGUGCCUCUGAAAGUGAUGCAGGAUGGCUAAGAGACUUGUGCCCAGAGGCUUUUUCUCAAUUCAUGAACAACUUUACAGAGCAUGUGUCCAUACAAGUGAAAUUGUAAUGUGAUACUGAGUGUUAAAAUUUAUUUUAGAACCUGGGCCAUUCCUCCUCCCCCAACUAUCACCUUGCUAAUGUCAGGGAGUGUUAACAUGGGUUUGUGCUGUUUAUUUUUUAACAUUUGUAUUGAAAAUAAAAAACUACCUUGACCUACUCACUAAAGGGUGGUGGUCUUGAAGUAAAAUAUUUUUAAGAAUGAUGGGUGAUUAUACCUGUGCAAUUCAAGUAACUGGAAUGCACUAAUUCACCAAUUAUAAUUAAUGAAAUCUGAAUUAAACAAAGAUUUCAUGGGCUCAUUUUUCACUAGACUCAGUGUGUCAGUGAUGCAAUAGUUAUUACAUUUACCUUGCUCACUAAUCAAAGUCUGAUUCUGGGGAUGAAAAAUUAAACCCUUUAUUCAGUUCUCAGUUUCAAUGGUCAUUAUUCUCAAGUUUAUUAAUUUUUAAAUUUGUCUAAUGACAAAAAUACAGAUAACCUAUGAGCCCCCCCAAAAAAGUUACAAAGCUAUUUCUUGUGUGAUAAAAUAAAAAUUUGUUGUGAUUUGAAAAUUCUUUGUGUUUUUUGUAUUUAAUUCAAAAUUUAAGUGUUCUAUAGAUUGAAUUCAAUGUUAUCACAAGAAAUUUCAAUCUUUCUAUAUAAUGUGUUAUCGGGACUAACUUUAAGGAUAACAAUACUGUAUAAAUCACUGUGCUAAAUUUUUUUAACUUGUAGGAGCUGUCAUCUCAUGUUUAAGACUUGUAAAUGUAAAUAAUCCAUUCCUUAAGUAUGUAAACUUUGUGCCUUACAUUUCUUAAAGUUUAAACUUAAACAAAAUACUACUGUGUUGUUCGUAGCAUUUUGAAGUAUUGUAAUAGUAUCCAGAAGCUAACCAAAAUACUCACUACAGUGUUUUGCUUAGCAUUUUGAAAUAUUGUAGUAGUACCCACUUUUUCUGGUCAACUUGACUGGUAAUUCAGUAAUUAGUUAUUUAAAUAUCUGUAAUUGAAUGACCUCAUCAACAUAUUUUAAUUUUAUUUAAAUAAUUUUAAGCUUGGUGUCUUAAUUCAAUUAAAAAAACAAACAAAACUAAGACUUGUUGGGAGAUCUGUGUAAUCUAACUGAUUAUUUAAAACCACACAGCAUUAAUUUAAAGGAAUUAUUUUAUUGUGAUGACCUUUCUCUGGAUAUAGAAAAUCAUUGAAUGUAGGCCCAGCUUAGACAUACAACUAGUAAAUAAAUAGUGGGACAAGAUACUGGUAUAUUUAUGCUUGGGGAAAAAAAAAGACAGGACAAAUACACACAAUUUUUGGCUAAAUGCUUUUUUCAGCAGACAAGACAAAACAAGAAGUAAUGAAUAGGAAAUAAAACAUAGAAAUUGGUUUUCGUCUGAGAGAACCACAUUGAGAUCAGAAUAUUCCAGCACGUAAGUUUUAAAUUUCUGCUUUUUUAUACUUUACACUUCUUGAACCCAGUCUCUCAUAUAUUUUUCUUGAGGCAUACAAGAAAGUACUUUUAAAUUUAAUAAAAUAAGACAUUCAAGAUGAAACAUAAUCAUAAAAACGUGAAAUAUUUCUUGACCACUUUUUAAACUACAUUUUGCCUACAAUAUUUGUGGCUUAUGUGAUGUGAUGUUUAUAAUAAUUUUUUUUAUAAACGUGUUCUGGAAUUAAUAAUUAAUGUACUGUAAAAACUGUAAGUUUAUUUCCAAAUAAAAUGUUCUGUGAAAACAUAA